AUGAUGUUCGCUGUGUCCGUGUCUGCCAGGAGUCCCAGCAAGUCACAGGCAUUGGAUGGCCACGGGAGGGGAGGGGGGAUGCUCUGGAAAAUGGUUUGCAGGCAGGGUCUGGCUGCUGCUCCCCAGAGGAGUGCAGUGAGCUCUCCAGUCCAUCACGGGGACAGACAGAGCUGGGCUGACCCGAGGGUGCAGCUGAGGCACGGAGCAGCUCCACAGAGAAACAACCCCCUCAGAGUCAUCUCCUCAGAGAGCUGCGGUCAGCCUGCAGGAGGCCUCGGAGCAGGCUUCCGCUACUUAUGGGGGCCUGGCGUUACCAUCGUGAAGCCGAUCGUGUACGGCAACGUCGCGCGGUACUUUGGGAAGAAGAGAGAGGAGGAUGGCCACACUCACCAGUGGACGGUGUAUGUGAAGCCGUACCGGAACGAGGACAUGUCUGCAUAUGUGAAAAAAAUUCAAUUCAAGUUGCAUGAAAGCUACGGUAAUCCUUUAAGAGUUGUUACCAAACCACCAUAUGAAAUCACCGAAACAGGCUGGGGUGAAUUUGAAAUAAUCAUUAAGAUAUUUUUCAUUGAUCCAAAUGAAAGACCUGUAACUUUAUAUCACUUGCUGAAGCUUUUUCAGUCGGAUACCAAUGCCAUCCUGGGGAAGAAAACUGUAGUUUCUGAAUUCUAUGAUGAAAUGAUAUUUCAAGAUCCUACUGCAAUGAUGCAGCAGCUGUUAACAACGUCUCGUCAGCUAACACUAGGUGCUUAUAAACAUGAAACAGAGUUUGCAGAUCUUGAAGUAAAAACCAGGGAGAAGCUUGAAGCUGCCAAAAAGAAGACUAGUUUUGAAAUUGCUGAGCUUAAAGAAAGACUAAAAGCAAGUCGUGAAACCAUCAACUGUUUAAAGAAUGAAAUCAGAAAACUUGAAGAAGAUGAUCAGUCUAAGGAUAUGUGACAAGUGCUGACUUGAGUGUGUACUGAAAAUGGAAAGACUUCAGUCAUGGAAUUGUAGGAGUUCUCUUCAGUUCUGUAACUGAGACUAUGAGAAUUUCACUGACAAAUGAUUGAAGUUUGUGGCAAUCAACUCCAUAAAUGGAAGAAAAAAGAAAGAAUGUAUCCUUGUUUUAUAGUUAAAAUCUGUGGGUACUUAACGAUUUUUUUCAAGUGGAAGUGGUCUUGAAGACCAGACUACUUUUUCUUUGAAAACUGCAUUUGAGUCGUGUAUGAAAACUUUGUAUUAAGUCUUGUAUUAGUUCAAUGUGAUUUUACAAAAUGCUGGUGUUUACUUUUUUUACUUUUUUUUUUCUACUGAUUGUUUAGACAUGCAUCUUUAAAGCUAAAAAUAAAAUAUGCAGUUUUUUAUUUUAA